AUGGCCGAGAUAAAUGAGAGGGCUUCUACUUCGUCACCUCCUGUACCAUCAACACCCGCUCCUGGACCAGAGCUUCGUCAACUAGCUGAUGAUAUGUAUUCCAAAGUUGGAUCAUUCUUACAAGGACAAAUUCAAGGUACUAUGGAUGAAUAUAAACUGUUAGAGGACAUGAACAAAACCACCGCCCAACGAUAUACUGACAUGAAGAUCGUUGCUGACAAGGUUGAGGAUAAGCUAGAAAACUUGAAUAAGAAAUAUGAUUCCUUGAAGCCUUAUCUAGAGCAGAUUGAUAAGAUUGAUGAAAGUACGAGAAAACUGGAAGAAGCGACUAAUUAUUUCGACCAGUAUGUGUCUAGCUUGGAAGCAAAAUUUCAAUCAAUGAAACAGCCUGCUCCUUGA